AUCCAUUUAACCUUUAUUAUCUUCUGCUAUUCUGCGUAUCCGGCAUUGAAGGAAGUUGCAUCAAUGGCUUCCCUUCCUAUAUUGACUGUUCUUGAACAGUGCCAAGUAUCUCCACCACCGGCCACCGUAAACGACAGAUCUCUGCCACUCACUUUCUUCGACAUCUUAUGGCUACUCUUCCCUCCGGUUCACCAUCUUUUCUUCUACGACCUCCCACUCACAAAAACUCAAUUCACUGAAACUGUUGUUCCCAGUCUUAAACACUCGUUAUCACUCACCCUUCAACAUUUUUUCCCUUUUGUUGGCAACUUAAUCAUAUUUCCGACCCUCAAUAAAAAACCCGAAAUACGUUAUGUUGAAGGUGAUUCUGUCGCGGUUACCGUUGCAGAAUGUAAUCUUGAUUUCGAUGAUCUAACAGGCAACCAUCCUCGAGAUUGCGAGAAGUUUUAUCAUCUGAUACCUCUUCUUGGACAAGCUGCUAAGGUGUCCGAUUAUAUAACAAUACCAGUCUUCUCGAUUCAAUUGACGUUUUACCCGAACCGUGGCAUCUCUAUCGGAAUGACUAAUCACCAUAGCCUUGGUGAUGCUAGCACAAGGUUUUGUUUCUUGAAGGCGUGGACAUCGAUUGCUAGAUCCGGUACAGAUGAGUCAUUUCUAGCUAAUGGAACCUUCCCUUUAUAUGAUAGACUGGUUAACAACCCGAAACUAGAUGAAAGUUAUCUAAAGUACGCCAAGGUCGAAACGUUUAACGAAGAGUAUCGACCUCAAAGCCUUUCUGGACCAACUGAUAAAGUCCGGGCCACGUUUGUCUUGACACGAAGUACAAUCAAUCUGUUAAAGAAACAGGUUUCAACAGACUUGCCAACAUUAGCAUAUGUUUCAUCUUUCACCGUAGCAUGUGGUUAUAUCUGGAGCUGCAUCGCGAAAUCACGAAACGAUGAACUGGAACUAUUUGGGUUUGCCGUGGAUUGUAGGGCACGCUUGAAUCCAGCGAUCCCAGCGGCCUACUUUGGCAACUGUAUUGGAGGGUGCAUGGCGAUGGCAAAAACCACUCUUUUAACUGGAAAGGAAGGAUUCGUGACAGCUGCAAAAUUGCUUGGAGAGAAUCUACAUAAGUUAUUAACCGAUAAGGAUGGAAUCGUGAAAGAUUUUUCGUGGUAUGGUGAUUUGUUCUCCAACGGUGUGCCAACAACGAUGAUGGGAGUUGCAGGAACUCCAAAGCUCAAAUUUUACGACAUGGAUUUCGGAUGGGGGAAACCCAGAAAGCAUGAAACCGUUUCUAUCGAUUAUAACAAUUCCAUAUCUCUGAGCGCCUGUAAAGAAUCAAACGAAGAUCUAGAGAUCGGCGUUUGCCUUUCGGCUACCGACAUGGAGGCUUUCAUUCCUAUCUUUCACGACGGAUUAGAAGCGUAUCGUUAGAUUCAUCACAUUAUUCUCGUUGCUUUCUAAUAAGAAACUACAAAUUUCUAUUUCAUGGACAAGCUUGUAUGUGUUUCGGAGAUUUUGCAAUAAAAUUGUUUUUUUAUGAUCAACUUCAAUCGAACAUGGACUUGACUUUUGAAA